AUCCUAGUUAGCUGCGUAGUCGGUGGUCUACUCUCUCUCUCUCUCUCUCUCUUCGUGUCGUCGGAUCUCGGCGAUCUUCUCGGAAGAAAUCUGUUUUGCGGAAUCCAAGAUCUGAGACGAGGAUGAAUCGCCACCACGAUCCCAAUCCCUUCGACGAAGGAGAAGAAGAAGAAACGGUCAAUCCAUUUUCGAAAGGUGCUGGUGCCACUGGAAGGGUUCCUGCUGCAUCUAGACCUGUUGGAUUUGGCAAAAGCCAUGAUGCUACAGUUGACAUUCCAUUGGAUACAAUGAAUGACUCUUCAAAGAAACAGAGAGAGCUCGCUGAUUGGGAAGCAGAUCUUAGGAGGAAAGAAAUGGAUAUUAAACGAAGAGAAGAAGCAAUUGCAAAGUCUGGUGUCCAAGUAGAUGAUAAGAAUUGGCCACCAUUUUUCCCGAUCAUACACCAUGACAUUGCUAAUGAGAUACCCAUACAUGCACAAAAGCUGCAGUAUCUGGCUUUUGCUAGUUGGUUAGGUAUAGUUUUGUGUCUCGUGUUCAACGUCAUUGCUGUAAUCGUCUGCUGGAUUAAAGGCGGAGGUGUUAAAAUCUUUUUCCUUGCAGCGAUCUAUGCAUUGCUUGGAUGUCCAAUUUCAUAUGUACUAUGGUACAGGCCUCUCUACAGAGCAAUGAGGACUGACAGUGCUUUGAAGUUUGGUUGGUUUUUCCUGUUCUACCUGAUUCACAUUGGCUUCUGCAUAUUUGCCGCCAUUGCUCCUCCAAUUGUCUUCCAUGGGAAGUCAUUAACAGGUGUGCUCGCAGCAAUUGAUGUCAUCUCAGACAGUUUAUUAGCUGGGAUCUUCUACUUUGUCGGCUUUGGUCUCUUCUGCUUGGAGUCGCUUCUGAGUCUCUGGGUUCUCCAGAAAAUUUACCUCUACUUCAGGGGAAACAAGUGAGAGGUGACACCCCCCCCCCCACCAAAAAAAAAAAGAGGGUGGUUUCUCCAAAUACUUUUGGAAGGUACCAUCCUCCUCAAAGAAGGUUUAGUAUUUGUAUCAUCGUAUUGUAAUUACCAUCUCGUCUUUGCAUGUGUGCGUGUAAGUUUGUGUUCUUUGGGUUUUACUAGGACUUAUAUAUAUAUACACACGGUUUGUUCCCGGGUUUGUUACAUUUUAGUUGUAGUGGUAUGUUAAUCUACCUUGAAGA